CCCCUCAAUUCUCUUUUCCUCUAUCCCAUCGAUCACACAAGCGAUUUAUAUAUUGCAUAUCGGCUGUUGGAUGUCAUCUCCUGAAGCACUUGUCGGGGUUUAUCCCGAUGUUGGGCAAGCCUUUGUUAGCUCUCCUCCUAUUUACUUCUAACGCGCUCAACAGCAAUCCAAACCAAGAUGGCAGACUACACUCCAAGAUCGUCGAAAUUCUUUCAUCCACCACUAAUGGCUGUCUCGAAGAGCUGGGUUACCACCCAACCAUAAUGGAGAAGCUAAAACAAACUACGCAACUCGUCCGAUCACUCCAAGAGGACAACGGAAAACUCUAUCAAGACAACUGCCGACUCGCAGUAGCCAUUCAGAUACUCGAAGAGCGCAUCGCACACCACUCGGCUAAUCCGAGCACUCAGAUGCAACAAUUCUCCAUGAUGCAAGACAGGAUACGUACUCUUGAGAACGAUCGCCUUGCUCUCGCUCGGAAAAACCAGGAGAUCCUUCUCAGUGUCAAUAAAGGCACCUCACACCAACAUCUCGUCCAAGAACUCGACCGCAUGAGACUAUAUGCUAGUCACGUUUGCAGAGACAUGCAGAUUCUCAAGGACAAAUACGGUAUGGCUACACAGAGUGGCGAGUCUUCUUCAGGUGUAUUUCGCUCAAAUUCUGUCCCUCAAAUCGCCCAGCCCAGAGUCCCUACCCCUAGCGAUGUUCAUCAGCGACGGGUAUCUGCCGAAGGCGCUCCCCGACUCCAGCCUUCUCGUUUACCGCAGCAACAAUUUCAGCAGCAAGCACAACACCCACGACAAAUGCGACCGCAGGUUCAGCACGCCCUGCCACCUCAUCAGCUGCAACAUGCCCAUCAAGCACACACUCAAAGGAGGGUUUCUGAUGGUGGUCAAAAUGUAUGCCUAUUCCCACUGCUUUUAGACUUUCAAGUAAUCCUCGUAUCAGCCUUACCCACCUCAGCAGCCCCUUCCUACGUCGCAGAGAUGGAAGCACUCGCCACCGGCACCAGCAUCCCCAAUGUUUAGAGCCAGGUCACCCACAGAAUUUGCACACAUGCCUUCUACUUCAGCCCCGGUUAAUCCCAAUCGCCCUCAGCAACCGCCUUUUACCCAUCCGCAUACGCUUACGUCGCAAACUGUCUAUCGAAAUGGAACUGCAUCGGCGCCACUCGUGCCUUUCAAUUUACACCCCAAGUCGCACACCGUGACAUCACGUCCUAUUCUAUUUGUAGAUAUGACCGGGGAAGACGAAAGGGUGACAGAGCAAGCU